AAGCCCAUAAAUGACUGUUGUUCGCUAAUCGUACUCAACCUGUCACGUGUCAACCACUCGGAAAGGUUAAUCUCAUGAGAUCAUAUUAAGUCGAUGGCUGUGGUCGCAUCAAUAAUUUUCCACUCUACAGACUAGUACAGAGCUAAUGUAGGGCCUACAUAUUGACCAUUCUUGGGUCAAUCCAUGGCAGGUAUUACUCCCACCAAUCUCUCAACCGAAUUCCAUGGUCUGCCAAUACAUUUGAAUUAUCGUUAAACGACUUCGUCAAGGUUAUGAGAAUCUUAAGGCAUUGGCUGCAGUCUCCACCACCCAAACUAGGCAUAUAUAGCUAUAUAUGUACUUGUAUAUCGUUGACGUCUCGAUAAUUGAUUCUGAGUAACUUUAUCGAGAGAUUAGAAGCGAAUUGCCCAAAGGCUUCUAAUUCUGUGAAUUGAGCUAGAACUAAUCCAUAAAAAUGCCUAGCAAGCUAAGAAAGGCACUUGGCGCAGUGAAGGACCAAACCAGCAUAAGCCUAGCAAAAGUUUCUGGAACAAAUGCUUCAAACCUUGAAGUUUUGAUUCUUAAAGCAACAAGACAUGAUGAUGCACCCAUUGAUGAACGUUAUGUGAACGAAGUCCUCCAACUCAUAUCCAGCAGCAAAGUUUACGCGGCGGCCUGUGCGCAAGCCAUCGGUAAACGGAUUGGGAGGACAAGAAACUGGGUUGUGGCUUUGAAAUCUCUAAUGCUUGUGCUACGAAUUUUUCAAGAUGGUGAUCCUCAUUUUUCCAGAGAAGUUCUUCACGCAAUGAAGCGCGGAUCGAAGAUCCUUAACCUUUCAAGCUUUAGAGAUGAUUCAAACACAAGCCCUUGGGAUUACACUGCAUUUGUGAGGACAUUUGGUCUGUAUCUUGAUGAACGGUUGAAUUGUUUUAUUACAGGGAAGCUUCAAAGAAGAUUCACCAACAAAGAACGGCAGAACAGCAUUCCUAGAAACAGCAGACGUGUUAACGAGCCCGUUCGAGACAUGAAACCAGCAAUGCUGCUUCACAAGAUCUCUUAUUGGCAAAAACUGCUUGAUAGAGCAAUUGGGACAAGACCAACAGGUGCAGCCAAGACAAACAGGCUAGUUAACAUUUCUCUUUAUGCCAUCGUUCGAGAAAGUUUCGAUCUUUAUCGAGACAUUUCAGAUGGACUAGCCCUCCUUCUGGAUAGCUUUUUCCAUUUACAGUAUCAAUCAUGUGUUACUGCAUUCCAAACAUGCGUCAAAGCCUCGAAACAAUUCGAAGAGCUUUGUUCAUUCUAUGAUUCGUGUAAAAGCAUUGCAGUUGGGAGAACCUCUGAGUACCCAAGUGUGCAAAAGAUAUCAGAUGAACUUGUGGAGACAUUGCAAGAGUUCUUGAAAGACCAAUCCAAUUUCGCUAAUGCAAAUGGGAGAUCUCCAUCUUCAAAUUUGUCCGUUGCUUCUUCACCGGCAAGGGAUCCGUCUUCGCGGGACCAGUCACCUGAACCAAAAGAGAGGUUUUCAGAUACGGCUUUAGAGUAUGAUUCGAGAUGUACAUCAUUGGAGGACCUUAUGAGUGUCACUGAUGGAGGGACAAGUCCAUCUCCAUCAAUGGAUCUUUAUCUAGACAUGUCUGAAAGAUUAUCUCAAAGAGACGACACAAUCAGUGAAACUGGUAGCACGUCAAACCAAUCACAAUUAGUUGUUCAUCAACAGCCAAUUGAGGGAUUAGAUUUUCUAUCUUUCAAUGACUGGCCACAAGAAGAUCAAUCUGGGGGCCCAGAAAAUGGGGAUCAAACUACUUCCUCAAUCUGUUGGGAUCUUAUGCUACCAGAGCCUGCGGAUUUAGCUAAUGGGUUCGCACCAUCGAACACCAUGACCGAUCUUUCUGAUCAACCUUCAGUACCCGAUCAGCCAUACAAUCCAUUUCUACAAGAUACAAUAGAGAUCCCUGAAACUGUCACCAAUAUUGGUGGCAAUCAUGUCACGUUUCCUGUCACGGAUAUGUUCUCCAUUGCACCCACAUUUCAGGCUAGUGCAACAUCGUCUGCGGAGAAUUCAAACGAGGCACCGUCAUUUCAAGUUGAAGAUGACCCGUUCGCGCCAUGGCCUGGCGAAAAGGUUAAUGGAGAUGUAUCUAAUGGUGUUGCAGACCAGCAGAAUGUAUUGGAAGAACAGCAACUGUGGCUGCAGCAACAAGAUAAGAUUAUAGCUAAGUAUCUGUCUUGACUAAUGUGGAAAGAAUAGUGAAGCAUAGGUUUCUGUAAAUAUGUAAAUUAAUUGUAUCUGGAUUAACAGAGAGUCGAUAAUUAUUCAAAUUGGGGUCAAAGUUUUCAAUGGUCUUGUGUUCUGUUCAGGUGGAUCAAAUCUACACCGGUUUACUGAUCCCAAUUCCCACAUUGCCAUAAAGAUAAAAGGAAUUAAUUCUAACACAUCAUCAGUGUCCAAGGUGGUCAGGUGAAACCC